UUCAUACAAACUCCAUUUCCAGUGUCUCAACACCCAAAAUCAAAUGGCCUACACUUUCUUCAACUUCGCUCUCCUCAUCAUCUUCCAUUUCCCUAUGCCUACUUUCUCUACGAAACUAACCACCUUACUAACGGACCAAUCGGCUCUUCUUGCAUUGAAACACAAUGUCAUCCACGAUCCUGAAAAAUGUUUUAUCAAUGAAUUGGUCAGUUUCUGCCUCUGUUUGCAAUUGGACCGGUGUCAGUUGCGGACCCAAACACCGCAGAGUCACAGCUCUAGACCUGACCGGAUUCGGCCUCGUCGGUACCCUUCCACCCCACUUGGGAAACUUAUCAUUCCUUUAUCUUCUUUACAUAACAAACAAUAGUUUUCAUGGCACUUUACCUGUCCAAUUAUCCAAAUUGCGACGGUUGAAACAUAUAAACUUUGGUAACAACAGUUUCAGUGGAGAAAUCCCAUCAUGGUUGGGAUCAUUAACUAAGCUUCGAAGUUUGUUUCUAUACCAUAACAACUUCAACAGUUUCAUCCCCUCCAACGUGUUCAAUAUAUCUUCGUUGCAAGAGAUUGAUGUAAGAAACAACAUGCUCUCUGGUUCCAUACCCUCGGUCUCACGGAAUUUGCUUUCGCUAGAACUGAUCGAUUUCACUUUUAAUAAUCUCACUGGUCCUAUUCCGAAGGAUAUGUUUGAUCAUCUUCCGAAUUUGAAGGAAUUGCACUUGAGUUAUAACCUGCUUUCUGGUAGAAUUCCAACCAGUUUAUGCAAGUGCAAAGAGUUACAAUUUCUGUCUCUUGCCGUUAACCAAUUGGAGGGAAGUCUGCCGGUAGAUAUCGGGAAUUUGAGUAAGCUGCAAAAAUUCAAUAUUGGUCGAAACCACUUUCAAGGUGAAAUUCCACAGCAAAUUGUGAAUCUAACUCGUCUUGAAGGAUUUGAUUGUGGUCAUAACAAUUUCACAGGUUCAAUACCAAAUCAGAUUGGCAACCUGAAGAAUCUAGGAUACUUGGUUCUGGGAGGUAACAACAUUGCUGGUUCUAUUCCUCCUGCAAUAUUUAAUAUUUCAACUUUGUACCAGAUUGGUUUGGAUGAAAAUCACCUUUCUGGUCAUCUUCCAUCAAACAUGGGCUUUUGGCUUCCAAACCUGGAAGAAUUAUAUCUUGGGAAUAAUCAGCUCGUUGGUUCAAUCCCAGUGUCUAUUUCCAAUGCCUCUCAGCUGACUCUUCUUGACAUUCCAUAUAAUUACUUGUCAGGCUCCAUUCCUGACAAUCUGGGCAAUCUAAGAUAUCUCAUGUUUCUCAACCUGGCUGUUAAUAAUUUAACUUCUUCAAGAAUGAGCUUUCUCUCUUCUUUGACAAACUGUAGAGCCUUGGAAGCGUUGGAUAUGGGCGGCAACACGUUGAUCGGAGGUAAACUUCCAGGUUUGGUGGGGAAUCUCUCAAGUUCUCUCGUGGAGUUCUCUGCAUAUGCCUGCAACAUCAGGGGUAGCAUCCCGAGUGAAAUUGGCAACUUAAGUCGCUUGAUAAACAUCGAGCUAGCAGGAAAUGAGUUGACGGGAAUGAUUCCUGCUACAAUUGGAGCAUUAAAAGGGCUGCAGAGUGCUUCUCUUAUGCAAAAUAAGUUAGAAGGAUCCAUACCGUCUGAGUUAUGUGAUCUAAACAAUUUGGCUUACUUAAACUUGACGAUUAACAAAUUGUCUGGACCGAUACCUUCUUGCUUAGGUAACCUUAGUUCUCUAAGGAACCUAUUGCUAGGCUCCAAUAUGUUUUCUUCCUCCAUACCUUCAACCUUGACCAGGCUUACCGAUCUCCUCUUCUUGAACUUGUCUUCAAAUGCUCUAAGUGGUCCUCUUCCGAUUGACAUUGGAAAUUGGAAGGUUUUGACUAGUAUGGACUUGUCGAACAAUCGUUUCUCCAGUGAUAUCCUGAUCGGAGUUGCAGAUCUCAAAGAACUCACUCAGUUUUCCUUAUCCAAUAAUAGACUCGCAGGUUAUAUUCCUGAGUCAUUUGGUGACAUGUUGAGUUUGACGUUCUUGGACUUGUCGAGAAAUAAUCUAUCCGGAGAGAUUCCCAAGUCGUUCGAGAAACUUCGUUAUCUCGAAUAUUUCAAUGUCUCUUUCAAUAGACUUGAAGGAGAAAUUCCUAGAGGAGGAUCAUUUGGCAACUACUCGAUUGAAUCAUUCAAGGGGAAUAAAGCAUUGUGUGGUGCACCACAACUUCAUCUUCCAAGCUGCAAAACUAAACCUCUCAAGAAUUCCAAGGCAAAGGCUAAGCUCAUAAUAUAUGUAGCACUGCCAAUUGCCUCAACAAUUUUGGUGAUGGCUCUAAUUAUCAUUACCUUGCAGAGUAGAAAGAGGAAGGACAAAUUAACAACUCAGGAAGACUUGUUACCUUUAGGAACGUGGAGACGGAUUUCGUACCAUGAACUUCAUCAAGCUACUGACGGAUUUAGUGAAAGCAACUUGCUUGGUAAUGGGAGUUAUGGUUCUGUGUACCAAGGGAUUCUCUCAGAUGGGAUGAUAUUUGCAGUAAAAGUCUUCAAGUUGGAAUUAGAAGGAGCUUUUAAGAGCUUUGAUGUUGAAUGUGAAGUUCUCCGCAACAUUCGUCACAGGAAUUUAAUCAGAAUCAUUAGUAGUUGCUCUAAUGAUCUCGAUUUCAAAGCGUUAGUGCUCGAGUACAUGCCUAAUGGGAGCCUUGAUGAAUGGUUGUAUUCUAGCAACCAUUUUCUGGAUAUCUUACAAAGGUUAAACAUAAUAAUAGAUGUUGCAUCCGCGCUGGAAUAUCUCCAUCAUGGUAAUGUAACACCAGUGGUUCAUUGUGAUAUAAAACCCAGCAAUGUUCUAUUGGAUGAAGAUAUGGUUGCACAUUUGAGUGAUUUUGGCAUUGCAAAACUCUUAAGUGAAGAGGAUUCAAUGAUACAAACCUUGACUAUAGCAACAAUUGGGUACAUGGCACCAGAGUACGGAAUAGAAGGAAUUGUCUCGACAAAAGGAGAUGUGUAUAGUUUCGGAAUUCUUGUGAUGGAAACCAUCACAAGAAAGAAACCCACAGAUGAAAUGUUUGGUGGAGAAAGAAGCUUGAAGGGUUGGGUGAAAGAGUCAAUAUCAUCUCCACUAAAUCAAGUUAUAGACAACAAUUUGCUGAGCACUAUUGGGGGAGAGCACGCAGCAGCCAAUAAUUGUGCCUCGUCCAUUUUGCAAGUUGGCUUAGAAUGUUCAGCAGAGUUACCAGAUGAGAGGGUUGAUAUGAAAGAGAUUGUUCCGAAGCUAAAGAAGAUCAGAGACAAGUUUUUAAAGGAUACUCAACGGGUUCGACCAAGGGACAACCGUUAAUUUAAG